AUGGCGUCCUCCGCUAGCCGGCUCACCUCACGCUGUUUCGCCACAUCACUUAUUUCCAAACUCAGCCGUUGUCGUUUCCACUUUGUAUCCGCCAGACAUGCUUGUCUUUCGGUGACGUUGUCAGCUGCACAGCGGGGAGGUUUGACGGCUCACCCGAGCCCGUGGAGCCACAUAACUGCGGUGACAUUGAUCCGACUGACAGCUUCACGAUGUCCUCACAUUAUCCCCAACCGAUGCCUCCGCACCAGUACGAGAUGUGCCAACAAGCAAGACUUGUACGAAGUGUUGGGCGUCGCUCGCACGGCUUCACAAAAGGACAUCAAAAAGGCAUAUUAUCAGUUGGCAAAAAAGUACCAUCCAGACACCAACCCAGACGACCCGGAGGCCAAAGAAAAAUUUGCCAAGUUGGCUGAAGCCUACGAGGUGUUGAGCGACGAGGUGAAGAGGCAGCAGUACGACACGUAUGGCUCGGCGGGCAUGGAUGCAAACCGUAUGGGCCAGCAGCAGUACUACAGAGCGGGGAGCUCCAACGUCAAUCCAGAGGAGCUCUUUAGGAAGAUCUUCGGGGAUUUUGCAGGCGGAUUCCGAGACGUUAACAGCAUGUUUGAGCAACGCCCGGCGUUUCUGAUGGAGCUGACGUUUGCCGAAGCAGCGAAGGGCGUGAACAAGCCGCUGUCCGUCAACCUGGAGGACGCCUGCCCGAGGUGCAACGGCAAAGGCAGCGAGCCAGGCACCAAAGUAUCGCACUGCCACUACUGCAACGGCACCGGCAUGGAGUCACUGCACACGGGCCCAUUCAUGAUGAGAAGCACGUGUCGACGGUGCGGCGGCAAGGGCUCCAUCGUAAUCACGCCGUGCGCUCUCUGCCGCGGUUCGGGUCAGACUAAGAAGAGGCAAACCAUCACGGUGCCGGUUCCGGCCGGGGUUGAACACGGUCAGACCGUGCGCAUGUCAGUCGGCCAGAAAGAAAUUCUCAUCACGUUUGAGGUCCAGAAGAGCCCCAUAUUCAGGCGUAACGGACAGGACAUCCACUCUGAUGUGCUGAUAUCUGUGGCUCAAGCCAUCUUGGGCGGCACCGCCAGUGCGCAAGGCCUUCACGAAAGCAUCAGCAUCGCGAUUCCUGCUGGUUGCCAAGUGGAUCAGGUGAUCCGACUACAAGGGAAAGGUAUUCGCAGGAUGAACAGUUACAGCUACGGUGAUCACUACGUCCACAUCAAGAUACGGGUGCCUAAGAAACUGACGCGACGGCAGCGCUCUCUGCUACUCAGUUACGCUGAAGAGGAGACUGAUGUUUCCGGGACGGUUAAUGGUGUUAAUCCAUCGCCAGCAGGGGGAGGCAGCACGACAGCUUCUAGCGAGAAGUCGAACAGCUCAGCCAAAAAAGAGGACAAACCGAAGGAGACAGAAGAGGGGGGAGGCUUUUUUUCAAAACUCAAGAAAAUGUUUAGCUGA